UUUCACUUUUGUUAGUUUCGACGGAGGAACGAACCUUGACUGAGCUAAAGCGACUUGCUGCAUUUAAUCAAAAUACUUGGGAGCUUUACUGUGGUCAAACCGCCGUCAUGACUACCGUUACCUCGAGCCUGUCUGAAGACCAGCACAAGAAGCUGCUCUCUCUCCUGGGUCAUGUCCGACUACACCUGCUCUACAAAGCCAGUGUCCACGGGUUUGCUGCUUUGGCUUUUCACAACCGCUGUGACAUGCAGGGGCCCACUGUCAUCGUUGCCUACAAUGACGCCGGCUUUGUCUUUGGAGCCUACACCUCUCAGGACUACAAGCAGAGUGGAAACUACGUCCACGAUGAAGGGGCCUUCCUCUAUAGCAUCAGCUCGGGAGGAAACAACCCACUGAAGGUGGCGGGUAUCCCCGGGCAGUGCGCUUUCACAGAUGGCGCCACCGGCCCGAAUUAUGGUGCCCUACUGUUCCUGGAUGCAAACAGUGCUAAGAUCCAGUCCAACCCAGGGAAUAACUUCAUCUUUCAGGCUGCAGAGAUGCAUGGACAGGACCUGGCACUGAAUGAGUUUGAAGUGUAUCGAGUUGAAAGCUUGGGAGAUCUACUGGCCAAACCCUGGAGGAACAUUCGGUGGACUGCGGAGAGAAAGGAGGAGUUGAAGAAGGCCAUUCUGAGCUAUUGCCCUGACAUCAAAACCGUCCAACAAGCCCGAGUGUUGAUGGUGGGGCCCGUCGGCGCCGGCAAGUCGACCUUCUUCAACUCAAUCAACUCAGUUUUUCGAGGCAACAUGACAUGCCAGGCCAUCGCUGGUACAGCAGGGAAGAGUGUGACCACUCAGUUUCGCACCUACACCAUCAAGGCAGGAAAAGGUGGCGGAGCUGUUCCUCUGGUCCUGUGUGACACAAUGGGGCUGGAGGAAAAUGCUGACACUGGUGUGAACAUUGAGGACUUAGUCAACAUCUUCAAAGGUCACAUAAAGGAUCGCUACCAGCUGAAUCCCUACACGUCACUCCAGGUGGAUUCUCCUGGCUUUCAGCAGCAUGCGACACUGAAGGAUGUUAUCCACUGUUUGGUCUAUGUGGUUGACACCUGCAAGGUCUCCCUCCUUUCCCAAAAAAUGCUGGACAAGUUAACUACCAUUCGGAAACAGGCCAACACCAUGGGAAUUCCUCAGCUUCUGCUGAUGACUAAAGUAGACGAGGCCUGUGCGCUGGUGGCACAAGACUUGAAGAAUGUGUAUCGCAGUGUUUACCUCCAGAGGAAGGCCCGGGAGUUGAGUCAGUCUUUUGGCAUCCCCCUGUCCUGCGUGCUGCUGGUAAAGAGCUACAGCGAGGAGCUGGAGCUGAACGAGGAUGUUAACAUUCUGCUGUUGACGGCGGUGGAGCAGAUGCUCAACUACUCAGACAGCUUCUUUGAGAACCAAGUUGUUGACCAGGUGGGGAUCGAUCAGCCGGACCUCGAUGGAUUGUAUCCGUCCAUGUCUGACAGAACAUACUAAAUGUCACAUCUGAAAGAUGUCUAAACACAAUGUCCCAUAAUGAGUUGAUUGUUCAAACACCUAAUGUUAAAAGAAAUGUGUGGUUUGUUAAAUGUCCCUCGACAUAUAUAGCUGCCAGCAGUAUAUCAACAAGUUAAGACCGCUGAAUAUGUUCCUACUUUCUGCUGUGGUUUGGAUUAGUUUACUGUUUACAAGUAUAGUUUAAAUGUUUACUGAUUUUUUUACCUGUCUACUUUGAAUGCACUUAUGUGGACUGUCUCUCACAAAAGCAAUAUAGCUAUUAUCUUUGAUUAUAAAAUCACAAAAAGAAAACAAAUGGUGACUUUCCAAUUUCCAAUCGUUUCCCUCAGUCAGCCAGCAUAUGUCACAAGUGUACAAACUUUAAUGUCAUAAAAAGAAAAUGCGCUCAUGUUGCCCUAUUGCUUUUGCACUGCUCAAUAUACCUAUGUUUACUUUACUUUAAAUAAAUUUCCUUUGGACAUCA